GACUUUUUUAAAAUAUAUCUACACGACGCUAGGCGCCAAUUUUAUAAAUAUAUUGAAAAAAUAAUAAUAUUUAGUAGUAAAUAUAUAAAUAAUAAGUCCUGCAAAUAAAUAAGUAUACAAUUUUCAACUUGAAGGCAACUUUUUUCGUUCUGCCGUGUGGUAAAGCCCCAUUGAUUAAGAACGCAUUAUUAAAAAUUCGCAAAGACAGGAAAAGAGCUUUUGCAAACCCUAAUGAGGUUUUACCUUAUAAUACUUCGGUUGUGGUUACCAUUGGAACAAUAGAUGAGGAGCACGUUUAUGCCAGACUCUACCCCUAUCCCAUGGGUACAGUUUAGAAGACUCCCUUUCGGUCUGAAGAAUGCUGCUUGCAUUUUCCAGAGGGCCAUUGAUGAUACCAUACAUGAGAAAAUCGUGCCACGUAUGGAACAUGUUUAGUUUUGGAUGGAAUUAUUCAGUGCACUACCCGGGAUGAGUUUUCCUACCAAGAAAUGAUAUCAUUUUUACCGUUAAAUAGUCAUCCUACUCCAAAAAAAGUUCUUAUUGUCGGAGGUGGUGAUGGAGGUGUUGCGCGAGAAGUUGCGAAACAUCCAUUAGUUGAAGAAAUUCAUCAAGUAGAAAUUGAUGAAAGAGUAGUUGAAUUAUCAAAAAAAUUUUUACCACAUAUGGCGUGUGGAUUUGAAAACCCCAAAGUUAAACUUACCAUUGGAGAUGGAUUUACAUAUAUGAAAGAACAUUUCAAUGAAUUCGAUGUAAUAAUAACAGACAGUUCAGAUCCUGUUGGCCCUGCAGAAUCACUCUUUCAAGAAAGUUACUAUGAACUUAUGAAAAAUGCGUUGCGGCCAGGAGGCAUCGUGUGUUCCCAGGGAGGAAGUUUCUGGUUAAACUGUGCGUAUGUUAAGAAGACUAUGGAUGGAUGUAAAAAACAUUUCCCCAUAGUAUCAUACGCUCAUACAUCAAUUCCAUCUUAUCCAUGUGGACAUAUUGGUUUUGUGAUUGGUUGUCUUGAUUCGAAUACAAAUUUCAAAACCUCGUUACACAAUUUCAGUGAAGCGGAAUUAGAAAAUAUGAAAUUGAAAUAUUAUUCCAGAAAUAUACAUUCUGCGGCUUUUUCAUUACCACGAUGGGUAGAAUUAUUUCUUUCUAACAAAUAAUUAGAAACAAAACUUUAAUGUGUUUUAAAAUAAAACAACCCGAACAAUAAACGUUUUUUGAACGGCUAUCUA